AUGCCUCACUCGCUGUUGGCAACGAUUCGGUUUGACCCGUUUCUCGAGACCUUUACCUGGAAUAAUGACCUGGCAGACGGUCCCCCCUCACCAUAUUUUUUGCUUUCGUAUCAGUUUCACCGUUUGGUAUCGGCUAGCGUUGCCGCCCAGUGGCCCUCCGCACACCUAACUUUUGACAAACUGAAAAACGUCUGCGACAAUAUUGUAUGCAACGUAAACGGUGGGUGUAUGCGACAACCCUUAAAGAUACGCGUCAUUUUAUCACCUUCCGGUGACCUUACUGCGUCUGCCGUACCUAUUCCCCCGCUGCGAUAUGACCCAACUUUACCAUCACUGUUCAGUCCAGACGUGAUUUCCCAAGUUCCACUCGAACCGAUCUGGACAAUUCAUAUUGACACCCAACCAACGUCGGGCACGACGUCUAUGAAGACAACCGAUAGGCAACCGUAUGACGACGCUCGUGCACGCGCCGGCAUGCCUCCCGUGGGCGUUCCGCCCCAUGGCGUGGAUGCGCCGGGCUGUCCGGACGACGUGAUUUUAUACAAUACGUCUGGUGCAAUGACGGAGACUUCAAUAUGCAACAUAGCAUUUUAUCGCAGAGGGAAGUGGGUCACGCCACCACUCAGCGUUGGCUGCAUAUCGGGGGUACUUCGGCAAUGGCUGCUGGAAAAUGAUCGCAUCUACGAGGCUGAAGAGAAUGAAUUUUUACUGAAUACAAUUAGUGAUAAUGAUUGGGUAUUGGUCUUCAAUGGUGUCAUUGGCUGUCGACUGGGAAGGGUGCGAAUACACGAUUAA